AUGGUUGCAAACACAAACGUCGAUUUUAAAGUGAAAAGUGGAUUAGCUCAAAUGCUGAAAGGUGGUGUCAUUAUGGAUGUUGUAACACCCGAGCAAGCACGUAUUGCUGAGAAAGCAGGCGCUUGUGCUGUUAUGGCAUUAGAAAGUAUUCCGGCUGAUAUGAGAAAAUCUGGUAAAGUGUGUCGUAUGUCUGAUCCAAAAAUGAUUAGAGAAAUCAUGGCAGCCGUUUCAAUUCCAGUCAUGGCCAAGGUCCGUAUUGGUCAUUUUGUGGAGGCCCAAGUGUUAGAAGCUUUGGAAGUGGAUUAUAUUGACGAGAGUGAGGUACUAACCCCCGCAGAUUGGAGUAAUCAUAUCAAGAAGAAUGAUUUUAAGGUUCCAUUUGUAUGUGGUGCAAAGGACUUAGGAGAAGCAUUGAGAAGAAUAAAUGAAGGUGCCGCUAUGAUUCGUACCAAAGGAGAAGCUGGUACCGGAGAUGUAUCUGAGGCUGUUAAGCAUAUCCGUAAGAUCAGAGCUCAAAUUCAAGAAUUUGGAUCUCUGUUGAAUUCUCCCGAUGAAUUACGUACCAAAGCUGAAGAAUUAAGAGUCCCAACAGAUUUAUUGAAAUCGACCUUAGAACAAGGUAAACUACCUGUUGUCAACUUUGCUGCAGGUGGAGUUGCUACACCAUCUGAUGCAGCUUUAUUAAUGCAAUUAGGUUGUGAAGGUAUAUUUGUUGGUUCAGGUAUCUUUAAAUCCUCAGAUCCUGAAAAUUUGGCACAAGCAAUCGUUCAGGCAACCACUUAUUACAAUGAUCCUCUUAAAUUGCUUCAAGUUUCUAGCGACUUGGGGGACUUGAUGGCCGGUGUCUCUAUUGAAUCCAUUAAUGCUGAUAAAAAGGGGACUAGGCUAUCAGAAAUUGGAUGGUAA